GGGAGUUUCUAAGUGGGAACAGAGCAUUUACUGUUUCAUAUUACACAGAAAAGAGGAGAAAGAGGAGAGGAGUUAAUGGUGGGUAAGGGCUCUGAUGGGUGUAGGAGUCAGGCGCUGUUUUCAAUGUAGCUGCUUGUGUAAGUGUUGUGCAGUUGUCUGGGUUUAUGGAUUCGCUGCUGACUGUGGAAAAUGUACUUCUCUAUAGUGGUCCUUGUCCUGACUAAGGCUCUGGUCACAGAGGUCUGUCAUGCCCUGAAUGUGACCGUGACCCCUGGACCUGUUGUCAUGGCAACAGAGAAAGACAACAUCACCCUCUCCUGCCUGGUGUCUCAGAGGAAGAGGAGCAACAGUGUCCUCAUCCUCCGCUGGUUCUUCUCUCCUCUUGCUGCUCCCACUCUCUCACCUCCUCCGUCCCCGUCUCCGUCCCCGUCCCCGUCUCCGUCCCCGUCUCCGUCCCCCUCGCCUCCUUCGCCCGAGCCAUCUCAGGUACUGCUUGUGAAGUUGGGCAUAAAGAAAAUGAAGAUCUAUGGGAACUACACCCGUCGUUUCACCCAGCCAAAGUUUCGUCUGUAUGAGGAAGUGGAGGGAGAGGUGUACCGGUUGCGGAUUCUGAACCUGAGCGGGCCGGAUCAGGGUUUCUACACCUGUAGAGUUCAAGAGAUUCACAAACACAGAAACACGUGGCGAGCAUCAUCCAAUGGUACCAGCACCACACAGCUGACAGUGCAUCUAACUCAUGAGGAUCCUACCAGUGAAGGACUCUGGCGUUUAUUUGCAGACGUCUAUUUGUGUGCUGUGUUGAUAUGCUCGCUUGGCCUUCUUUCCAUCUUCCUGUUCACUCUGGUUCUUACAUGCCAAUACUUUUACAGACAACACAGGCUCAAGGCAAGUUAUCUUCUGGUCAGGUGUCCAGAGAGCAGCUCGGGAGAGACUGUAACCAGCUCCAGCAGCUGCUCCAGUUCCUCCCCAAGAGCCCAGAGGAAAGCUACAAGACAGAAAACUGACAGAAGAAUUACAGUAACACCACCUAAACUACCCGAGGAGCCACCGCCACACAUACCAGCCAAAGUGCCUGUUGCCGCAAAGAGACCUCAGAAGCCCAGAAGGUUAAAAAAGAGCUCUACUCCUCGAGUAAUACAGGAUGAUAGUCUGACAUAUGCAGAACUGGAGCUGGUCAGAGCGCGUCCACAGCCCCCUGCCUCCUCCACUCCUGACCCCUCAUCCUCCAGCCCAGACACGGUGUACGCUCAGAUCCUCUUCCAGGAGAAACAGCUGUGAACUCAGCAGCUCUGGACACAUGGAUGUCAGGGUUCCUCCAAGUUAAAGACAUAGAUUCAGCUCUCCAAAGCAGACUGGGUGGCAUUCAGAGGAGAAUAUAUUUAUGAACUAUCAGUAUGGUAUUUAGCAUUUGGUUUUUUUUUGGCUGUAAGUAUAAUACAACUGUUGGUGAAUGAGGGUUUUGUGAUUCCUCGGCGCAGUUCCAUUCCAGCACAGCAGUUUUUUCGGGUCUUGUAAUUCUGUUGUUUUGUUUGUUGGCAUCGCUGGCCUGUGAGCCAGAUGUUUAUAAGAAUGCUCUUUAUGUUCUGCAUAAACUCAGGAGACUGUGUGGAAAGAAACGGGGAUCCAGGCUCUCUUACUGCAGUGUCGUAAGGCAUUGUACCACGUUUCAACUACAUUUUUAAUUACUGCACUAAUACAACAAUUAAUAAAUAUACACCUGGAUCUGA